AUGGAAUUUUUCUGGAGAGGUGACCAAUUAUACGCGAGACACGGUCCUGAUGGUUCCAAAAAUCUGAAAUGGACCACUUUCGAAAUGAAAUUGAGAACACCCGGAGAAGAGAUCGGUCAGCCACAAUCAAUUGUAAUCAGAUCUGAUAUUAAUAAUAAAUCUCCAAAAGCGCUACCAUCUGGUAACUGUCCAACAGAAGUGGCAUCUGUAUGCCUCCAAAUUGCUAGCGGAAAUUUGGAGGUGCGAGUCCAAGAUGACUUUUGUGAAGAAAUGGAAAGGCUAACAAAGAAAAAACCUCCAAAUCAAACAAAAAUACAUAUUCUUCUUCCCAAAUACAAUGAUUCCACAAUGGAUGAAUCUUCUAAUAUUUUCAAGGAUUUAUUACCAUUCCCUAAGCAAGGAAGAAUAUUUAUAGGUUUCCAAACACAUCAAACCACCGGUUGUUCCAUAAAUGUGGCUGCUCGUGUCAUCCCAACGGUUGAACGUGAAUCAAUUGACUUGGUUGAACCAACUCUUUCCGUAUACAAUUCAGAGAUGUUAUGUUCUGCUGGAAUAUUAUCUCGCUUGUUAUACGAAAAUGAGAUGUACCAAAUUGCGCAAAAGUUAACAUCUGAUUGCGAGAAACGUGCAGCGCAUGUACUCGCACAUUUUACUUUCGGAAGUAGUACCCCAAAUUCUAAAGUGGCAGAGAUAAUUGAACAUCAAUUUUUCGAUUGCUGUUCUUCAAAAUUAUCUUUAUUAUCCACUAAUGGAGUCAAGGCCAUAAACAUGAUACGGAUACCUGACCCAGAGAUGGCUGCAUUUAUAAAAACCGUUUCAGUUGUGCCGGAACUCGUGUUUAAGCAAUGCAACUUGUUCUUUGAUAGGGCGGAAUAUGUAUUAAAGCUUAUCGAAAAAGCGUCAAUAAAUGAUGUAUUUGAAGAAUUGAAAAGACAAGAAAAAUUUUUACAGUUUGCUGUUUUACGUGUUGAAACGAAUGUUUUACCACUGAAAAACGUUCAUUAUUACCUUAAUAUAAAAACAAUACCUCCAGAAUCAGAUGUUCCAUUUGAUGUUUUACCAUAUUCUGUCAGCAAGGCAUUUAAACUUAAAGAAUUGCAGAAAUAUUUUGGAAACUGGACAGAGCUUCCCUUGGGAAUUUGGGCGAAACAUAUCCUUAGAAAAUAUAAAUUAGGAAAUGAUACAGCCUUUGCGGAAAAUUUUAUAGGAAUUCUUUCUCAAGGUUAUAAAUCAAUGGACAGUGAAUCUCGGAUUAGUAUAUCCAAAUUACUUUCUCAAAAAUCAUGUAUUCCAACUCAAUUUGGCCUGAAAAGGCCAGUUGACACAUAUUUUCCGGAAGUAACUCUGUUUGAUGAUUUGCCAAUAUUUACUAUGAAGGAUGUUUCUGAAGAUUUUUUCGUGCAAAUGGAAGAGAAUGUUGAUUUAAAUAAGACAAAAGCCAAUGUUCGAAGAUAUUUGGCAAAAGAACUAUAUGCUCCAUUUCCUAUUAACAGAUGUCUUAGAUUGCCAGUAAUCUAUUGGAAAGGUAAUUGGAUUGGGAAUUCAGAUGAAGCUUAUUCAAAACCAUCAGAUUGCUUUUCAAAUCCCGAUUGUAUGAUAAUGGGAUUUAACGCUUUACGUAAAGAUUUGCGUAUUAGAGCCGAAGAGUUGGGCAUUAGACAACAUCCUAAUGGCAAGCAACUAUUGAAUGGAUUAUCGAAUAAUCUUCCAAAUAGUAUAGAUGAUGCAAAAAUGUUUUUCAACUAUUUGUCAUCGCGCAGAGGUGAUUUUGAUCAUGAAGAUUGGAAAGUGCUUAGAAUUAAACGAGAGCCAUCCUCUUUGGAUUUAGCUGAAUACAUUGUUAGAUCUUCCCGAGAUUUCUGGAAUCGUAUGGAUGAGGAUUCUUAUAUUUCCAUCCUCGGAACGAUUGCAUUUAAUUAUCUUUCAAUUUUUAAAGAGAAACCUGCCUUGCUUAGAGAAAUGAUGCAAUCACCAAUCUUGUUGGGUAGAAAAAAGUAUGGUGAUUCUGAACGUUAUGAAUUAGCAUGCGCAAAUGAAAUCUUUAUAAACGAUAAUGAUCGUUAUCGGGACAUGUUUAACGCAUUAACAUGUCAAUUUAUGGAUCAAAAAAUGGAAGAAUUUUAUAAAUGCUUGGGAUGUCAACCACUUAGUUCAAAAGUCAAGAUAACACAUGAAACUGAAGGCACGCCAACAUCUUCACAAAUUUCUGAUGAAGUUUUAGAAAGACUAUUGGAACGAGUCCCUUGGUAUUAUUCAAGUAUACCUAAUGACAAUAUUAAGUGUGAAGUGAAAUGGAUAGAAAAAUUAAAGGUUAUGGAAGUUGACAGAGUAUAUGUCACUUAUGAGCUUACAACUAACAAUAUGAUCAAUAAAGAAGAAGGUCGACCACCAGAGGCGAGACCACCAACCGCAGAACCACCGACUAAAGUCAGGAAAACAGAUCCAUCUGCGCCCAUACCUAAUAACGUAUUACAAAAUUUAUUACGUGACGGUAUCAUGUCUUGCAGGUCAAAUUUUCAGGAUUCCGUCUAUAGUCCACCAACAGUUAAUUCAGUACCCGAAAGUCAUUGUGAUUCCGUGCCAGAAACGUCAUUAAAAUAUGUUAAAACCGAGGGUGAGAUUGAAAUUCAUGUUGCAAGUAGUAUGGAUCCAUCUAGUAUUAAAUCUGAUAACAUGACAAGAUUUUUGAGAGAUUUUAUUAGAGUUCUUGUCAAUGUUGCCGAAAUUUUUGAAAUUCCACGAAACAAACUUAAUAUAUUUUAUGAUCUUGAUUCAACAACGUUUUUCUUACAAUCAUAUGCGAAAACCUUUAUUCCAAAAUUGUUUGAAAAACUUGGUGGGACUUUUGGGGUCGGAGCAUUAGGUACUAGACUAAGAGUGUAUAAUCCGUAUGCUGAUGCACUAAAUAGAACUGCAUAUAAUCCAUAUGCUGAUACACCAAGUAGUACACCAAGCAAUACAGUUUAUAAUACAUAUGCUGAUACACCAGGUAGUACACCAAGGAGUACAGUAUAUAAUCCAUAUGCUGAUACACCAGGCAGCACACCAAGAAGUACAGUUUAUAAUCCAUAUGCUGAUACACCAAGCAGCACACCAAGAAGUACAGUUUAUAAUCCAUAUGCUGAUACACCAAGUAGUACACCAAGAAGUACAGUUUAUAAUCCAUAUGCUGAUACACCAAGCAGCACACCAAGAAGUACAGUGUAUAAUCCAUAUGCUGAUACACCAAGCAGCACACCAAGAAGUACAGUGUAUAAUCCAUAUGCUGAUACACCACCAAGUAGUACACCCAAUAGAACAGUAUAUAAUCCAUAUGCUGAUACACCAAGCAGUACUUCAAGUAGUACAGUUUAUAAUCCAUAUGCUGAUACACCGUCAAGUAACACACCAAAUAGUACAAGUA